UGCAGUUGCAGUGUAGGAGGCCCCUUUGAUUUCAGCAGUGCCAGUCUCCCAGUCAGCUUGUUGGUUUCUGUGUUGGAUCAAUUUCGUGGUUGUCCUUUGUGUGUCCGCGAGAUUGAACUCAUUUCCAAAAACAAUUCGAAACUCGUCGGUUUGUGUUGUUUUGCAGUUGUGCUAUUAGAAAUAAAUUUAAUAAUUCGGUCUAUUAGUGCGCGUAUGGUGUGUGCCUAGUGUUCUGUAGCAUCAAUUGAAGCUAUGGAAAGCAGCAGUAGCAAUCCGAAUGCUGCCUUGGAAAGUACUAAUUCUCAAAAUGAAAGUGGUGAAGGGUGUGGCUGUAAUAGCAGCAUUACAAUAUCUGUGAAUCCAACCACGGGCGGACAAUUCGAUUUGGCUAUUACAAAAAGCGACACUAUCGAAAAUCUAAAAAAGUUAAUUUCCAAGAAACUCAAAGUGCCAAAGGAACGGAUAUGCCUGCUGCACCGAGAACGACAAUUACGCGACGGUACUGUACAGGAGAAUCAGUUGGUUAACGGUAGCCGGCUGACUCUAUUACCAAGUGUUGAGACUGGAUUACUGGCACAGCGCCCGGAACAAAGUGUGAUGCAAGCCCUAGAAAGCCUAAACGAUUCUCAGGUUAACGACUUUCUAUCAGGAAAAGCUCCUCUGAACCUAACCAUGCGUCUCGGGGACCACAUGAUGCUAAUUCAGCUGCAACUCUCCACAGUCACUCCAUCGUCAUCCUCCUCCUCAUCCUCAUCCCCCUCAUCGUCUACCUCCUCCACCACCACGACUGCCACUCCAGCGACCAGCAGCUCUCCUCAGCCCUCCUCAAAACCUGCCCGGUCGGCGACAAGCUCGAAAAAGACGUCGUCCACAAAGGAUCCACUGGCGUCGCUCACCUCCAUCGUCAACAAGUCGCUCAUGGACGAUCGUCGUUCAGCUACAUCCUCACCCUCCUCACCAUCCUCCUCCUCACCUCCUUCCCCCUCCUCCGCCAACCCUACCUCAGACGUGUUGAGACGUUGCUUCAUGACGUCAUCUUCGCCACCGAAACGGUUCGCUAUGUCGGGUGAUGACGUCACAAACGCACCGUCCUCUGUUCCUCUACUGGCCACUACUACCACCUCCUACACGACGACAAACACUCCCUCUCCACCACCCCCCACCCCACAAGUUCCUCCCUCCUCAGAGUCCACCCCGUGCAAGUGCGAGCCUACAACGACAUCUACCUCCUCCUCCGCCUCAUCUUCACCGACGGCGGGAGCGUCCACCCAGACCGAGGGGUUAGCAACUGGUGCGACACCCGGUGGAACAACCCCUGCAUCGCCGACUGCCGGCGGCCCCAACCGUCCCACCCUGGAUACGCGCGCACUCGCUGAGGCUUCACGCAACCUCACGCAGACUCUCAAACAGCUCUCCAGUGAGGUCCUCACCUCCAAGUCCGAUCCUGUUGAGGAUAUGGCAACACUGAAAGGAGACAGGGAGCCAUCAUUGAGAGCAUGCAUCAUCAUGGCAAAGGUUUACUCAGGAACUUUCUCGGGCACACUGAACCCAGCACUGCAGGACCGCUUCGGUCGCCCAAAACGCGACAUCUCCACCAUCAUCCACAUUCAAUUGGAAAAAUGUACUAGGUUUGUAGUAAUUUAUAUAUUUUCGACAAUAGAUUCGGAGCAAUGUGUGGGAGGAAGCAGUCGCGGAGAGUCGCUGGAGAACCAGGCGACUCGCGGCAAGAUGGAGCGACUGCGUCUCAUCAUGGAGGAGCGGCGCGAGAAGAGACGCGCGGCUAGAACCGCGCCUUACACGCGGGUCGCCUCCGCUCCUGCUGCCGCCACGCCUCUAGCGGCCAGAACUGCAACUAACAACAACACUGGUGGCUCACAACCAGGCACUCCAACUUCGCCCACCCAACAGAUGUGGACCGACGCCAAGCAACCGGAAUCUGUCACCAACGAAGCCGCAGUGACCAAUACAACCGCAGUGACUAACGCGACCGCAGUGACCAACGCCACCACAGUGACUAACGCAACCGCAGUGACUAACGCUACCGCAGUGACCAACGCUACCGCAGUGACCACGAAUGCGGCAGCAGCAGGAGACGCAGCUAUGGACACUUCGUCGCCGUCUGGUGGCCAGGAGGACGCAGGCGGACAACUGCAGUGUCCCAACGGCGAACAGCAGACGUCUCCCGCCACAGCACCCGAACCGGUUGUCGCGUAACUAGUGUAAAAUAAGUUGAUCAAGCGCAAGGUAAUGGAUGGAUCUAUAGACGUAUUUGGACUGAACAUAAAAUAAUAAAUAUAAUUCGCUGAUCGUCAUUGAUUGUAUCUUUGGAAGUUGUAAUUAAUCGUUUUGUAUGCAACCGCUAUGGAUAUCUGCUGUUUAGAACACUUUGUUUGUAUUAUUAUUACUAUUAUUAUAUUAUCGACAGUGUAUGUUUUCUAAAUGGACAUUGUAAUAUAUGAACAAUGUUAAUCCAAAUUAUUGUGACGCCCUAAUACAGUUCUUGAAGAUUUAAAUGUUGUCGUUAAUUUGGGCAUUGUGAGGAGAUGGGCUUUUUGAAAUGGAUGUGUUUUUAUCGUGUGAAUAUAAUUCAGUUUGAUACUUUUAUCACAUUGAGAUUCUAAGUGAAUAGAACUUCAAAAAACAUCUUGAUAUUAUGAUGUGAGCUUUAUGCCAAUAUUCAUUAUCAUAUGAUGUAAAUCUGAAGUUUUGAAAUAAUAUUGUAGAAGAUGUCGGCUUUGAUCAUUGUAAAAUGUGGAAUUAUUAAGAAACCUAAAAUUGUGUUCUAUCUUGAAAAUUCUCUU